UUUCUUCUGUCUUAAUGGCACAUUUUGUUAUUAAGUGUGACUUUUUCUGAACACGCUAUUUUAAAGACCCUUUCUGGAAUUUUGUUAUCGAUGUAACAUGUGACAUAGACAAUAAACCCUGUUCUAUUCUAAGUGGAAGUCCUGAAUCCGAAGUUCCACAUCCUGAUUAAGACCUGAGACUUUGUGGGAGUGAUAAAGAACAGGAGAAGCAUCCGAGAUGUUUUCCUUCAAUCAUCUGUGUGUUUUGUCUCUGCCUCAUAGAUACCUGUGAGAUCAGAUUAUGCAUUCGGUCCAAACUGUCUUGUUGGAGUCCAAGCAUCCACCUAAACAUGCGCCGCCCUACCCUGCACCGCCCGCUACCACCAAUCCCCACCACUCCCAUGUGAUCACCGCCCCGCCGGCCAAACGGAUCACCUUCUACAAAAGUGGGGACAGUCAGUUCGGGGGCGUCAGGAUGGCCAUCCACAAGCGCAGCUUCAAAUGUUUUGACGCCCUGCUGGACGACCUUUCCCAAAAGGUGCCCCUCCCCUUUGGAGUGCGGACUGUGACCACCCCCAGAGGGACCCACACCAUCAAACACCUGGAGCAGCUCCAGGACGGCGGCUGCUACCUCUGCUCCGACCGGCGCUACGCUAAGCCAAUCAACAUGGAGCUGGCCGGCAAACACCAGGGCUCUUGGCAUCAUUACGGCCGGCGGCCCCAGCGGCCCGAAGCCUUACCCGCCACUCCGCCCGGUCACGUGCGCCUACCAUACCGGCCGCGACGGAUCCUGUUGGUGAAGAACAGCGAGCCCGGGAUGAGGAGGAGCAUUGUGCUAAAUCGGAGGUCGACCAGGAGCCUGAAGGCCUUUUUAGACGAGGUGUCCGAGGUGAUGGCGUUUCAUGUUCGCAA